AUGGCUUCAUUUCCCGUCCUGAGGCAAGAGACCUUGUUCCAGAACAGCACCUGGAGCUACCGCAUCCCAGCCCUGCUCUACCUGCCGCGUUUCAGCCUCAUCCUGGCCUUUGCUGAGGAGCGGGAGGACCCGGUGGAUGAACAUGCCAAGCUCCUGGUGCUGCGCAGAGGGGUGUAUGACCCAGCCACCCACGGUGUGCAGUGGAGCAGCACGGAGACCCUUGUCAGCGCGCAGCUGGAAGGCCACCGGUCCAUGAACCCCUGUCCUGUUUAUGAUGAGGUCUUGGGGAAGCUGAUCCUGUUCUUCAUAGCCAUCCCGGGAAAGAUGUCUGAGCAGCACCAGCUCAGGACAAAGACCAACCUGGUACGUCUGUGCUACGUCACGAGUGCAGACCAAGGGCAGAGCUGGAGUGUUGCCCAGGAUGUCACCAAGGACACCAUUGGCGCCCAGUACAAGAACUGGGCCACCUUUGCCGUGGGGCCAGGCCAUGGGCUGCAGCUGCUCAACCAGGCCCUGGUGAUCCCUGCCUAUGCCUACCGGAUCCUGGGCCCCAGGGAACACCCCACCCCUCACUCCUUCUGCUUCAUCAGCUCCGACCAUGGGGCGACAUGGAAGAUGGGGAACUUCGUGGAGGAGGAGAGUGCAGGGGAGUGCCAGGUAGCAGAGCUGCACACCUGUGGCAGGAGGGUCCUCUACUGCAAUGCAAGGAGCAGCACGGGAGCCCGAGUCCAGGCUGUCAGCUACAACCAUGGGGUGGACUUUGAGGCAGGCCAGCGGGUUGAAGCGCUGGUAGAACCUCCCUCUGGAUGUCAUGGAAGCAUUGUUGCCUUCCCACCUCCCCCGGGUACCAGAUGCCAAGAUAGUUGGUUGCUCUACGCUCACCCCACACACCUAAAAGGUCGAAGAGAUUUGGGAAUUUACCUCAACAAAAGCCCUUUAAAUCCAACACACUGGACAGAACCAAGCGUCCUCUUCAGGGGCCUGUGUGCUUAUUCAGAUCUGCAGUACAUGGGGGUUGGGCCAGAUGGUUCCCCCUUGUUCUCCUGCCUCUUUGAGUAUGGGACCCACCGACAGUGUGAGGAGAUCAUCUUUGUAAUGUUCACUUUAAAGCAAGCCUUUCCAUCUGAGCACUGA